AUGGAUCAAGUAAGUGAAAACCAUAUACCUGAUGCUCAGUUGAUAUUAGAUGUUACCCAGCUUCAGCCUCUUACUGUAUCAUUACAAUUAUUUCAAAAUGAAGCGAAUGAUGAACCUGAUACAUAUAAUCAACACUUGCAAGUAAUUCAUACAUCAAUAACUUCAUCUUAUGAGUUUACUUGCUUUUCACGGGAUGUUGAAGCACAGUAUCCAGAUUAUAUCACACUCGAAAGUCGCUUAUCAACUUAUGAGACCUGGACUAAUGAAAACAAAUCGCCGUCUGAACUCGCGCAAGCUGGUUUUCUUUUCAUAGGGGAAACUGAUACUGUUGUAUGUUUUCAUUGUGGUAUUCACAUCCAAAAUUGGAUUCCAGAUGAUGAUAUUUGGGUAGCCCAUGCAAUUUGCUCCCCUUGGUGCACCUAUCUGUAUAUCAAGUGUGGAAUCAGUUUUAUCAGAUCGUGUCUGAAAGCUCAAACAGUGAAAAGAUCUGACACACCGUUGCUUGAACCAUCAAACAAUAGAUAUGUUUGCAAAGUUUGUCUCGAAAAAGAAGUAGGAGUUUGUUUCUAUCCUUGUGAACACACUGUUACAUGCAUCAAUUGUGCACCAGGUAUCGCUUCUUGUCCUAUCUGUCGUUCGAAGAUAAUAGGAGUAUUUAAACUGAAAUUCAUCGAUUGA